AUAGUGUUUUGAUUUUUUGACUAUAUAAAUUUAAUAUUUUCAGAUAAAAUAUAACAAGCUAUAUGAUAAAAGAAUAAAAAUAAUUUCAACACAUAAUCAGUAAUAAUAUUAAUAUCAAAUGUGAUGGCGCAAAAGUUAAAACAUACCAGCUUAUUACGUACUUUAUGUAUAACCUCUCGAAAUUAUUGCGAAUACAAAUCCAUCUAUGAACGAGAUGAAGCUGGUCGUCAGCCGCGUAAAGUGCACGGUAAAGAAUAUCCCGAAUGGAGAAAACCUUGGUCCCAACGUGAUGGAGAAUUUACAAGCAAAUUAUCUAUUUUCAUUGAAAAAAGCCCUAGCAUGCAUAUUCUAAAUGCUAUGCAGAAAAUUCCUAGUUUAACCUUUAAAGAUAUAAAAGAAUGGUGGGCCGAAAUGAGAGUAAUACAAGAAAUACAGAAUCAAAAAUACUUACCGGAACGAGUAGUUGCCCUUGGAGCUAAUUUAGCAGCAUUACACUUUUUUGUGUAUCGCCAAUCAGCUGUGAGGUUAAAGGAUAAAAAAGAAUGGAUUGUUGGUGAUAUAAUUACGCUGAAACUACCAGACACAUAUAAAGAUGGUUAUUUCGUUGAAGCAAUCGAUUGUUCAAACUUCCACCACAAUGGAAUCAGAUAUGAGGGCCUUCAAAAUUUGAAUGCCUUAAAUUAUCUCAAAUGGCUAUCUUUAAGAAAUAACAAACAUGUAGAUGUGUGGUGUAUUGAUAGAAUAGCAGGUCAGAACGGUCAAACACUAGAAUUCUUAAACUUGAUGGGUUGCAAGUUAUGCACAGGUUGUGUAUAUGCACUUGCUCGGAUGCCAGCACUUAAGUUUCUUGUUAUUAAUGAUCCUGGAGACAAUAUGGAACUUCAAGCUGCACUCUCCAUGCUUGAAGAAGAAAGACCUGAUCUAUUAAUAAGUAUACAAGAUGAUACAGAGAGUGAUGUAGAUAAUAAAAUAAAAAAAUAGGAAUUUUUAAUUUAUUGUAUGGAUUAGUAAAAAUUAUGCAAUGUUA